UGCAGGUUUCCUGGAGCACAGUUGCAGUAGCAGCGGAGCAGUGUGGAAGUGUGUCACCGUGAUCAUGAUGGUGAGCGUGGUGCUGAGCAGCCUCCUGGCAGCGCUGCUGGCUCUACUUUUCUACCAGAGGAUAACGUAUCCCUUCUUCUGGGUGGAUUUGAUUUACUACUUGAAACUUCGGAGCUACAGAAAGACUUCGCAGGCUCGUAUGCAGCAGGGGAUCAUCACGUACCUCGACUGUUUCCUCUAUCAGGCGAGAAGGAAGCCGAACAAACCCUUCAUUAUCUUCGAGGAUCAGACCCUCACAUACCAGGACGUGGACAUCAGAAGUAACCGCUUUGCCAAUGCGCUGCGGACGGAGACGUGUGUGAAGAAAGGAGACAUUGUGGCUCAGUUGAUGUGCAACGAACCGGACUUUGUGUGUGUGUGGUUGGGAUUGUGUAAACUGGGCUGUGAAGUCGCUUUUCUCAACGUCAACAUUAAAGCCAAGUCUCUGCUUCACUGCCUGCAGAGCUGCGGGGCGAGGACGCUCGUUGUUGGGGCAGAUUUGGUGCAUUUGGUGGAGGAGGUGCUACCUGAUUUGAAGAAGGACAAAAUGGCCGUGUGGGUGGUAGAUCACACAUCGCCCUCUGAGGAUGUCAACAGUUUAUUGGAUAAGGUGGAACACAUGUCUGGAGAAACCUUAAGUGAACUUCCUAAAGUGGACAUCAUGUCAAACUUCCUCUUCAUUUUCACUUCAGGCACUACAGGUCUCUCUAAGGCAGCCCGCAUAGGACACCUGAAAGCCAUAGUGAGUAUGGCCUUCUUCGCAGUGUGUGGAGCCACAUCUGAUGACAUCAUCUACAUCACUCUUCCUCUUUACCACAUGUCUGCUUCCCUGUUGGGCAUUGGAGGAUGCAUAAACCUUGGUGCAACUUGUGUGUUAAAAAAAAAGUUUUCUGCCAGUCAGUUUUGGAAGGACUGUGUGAAACACAAUGUGACUGUGGUGCAGUACAUUGGAGAGCUCUGUCGAUACCUGGUCAAUCAUCCUGUGGUUCCAGAGGAGAGAGCUCACAGGGUCCGGCUGGCAGCAGGAAGUGGUCUCAGAUCAGAUGUUUGGAAGAAGUUUACCGAGCGCUUUAAAAGAAUCAAGAUCAGAGAGGGUUAUGGCCUGACUGAGGCCAGCAUCGGAUUCCUCAACUACACAGAUGAGGUCGGACCGAUUGGGAGGGCAAGCUAUUUCAACAAGCUUUCUAUGCCAUUUGAGCUCCUUCGAUAUGAUCCCCAAUCAUAUGAGCCGGUCAGAGCAGACUCUGGAAUAUGCAUACGAGCACAAAAAGGAGAGGCAGGGAUCCUGGUAGCCCCUCUAACAGCUAUGAACCAGUUUCUGGGCUAUGCUGGGAACAAGGUCCAAUCAGAGAAGAAGCUGCUCAGGAAUGUGUUUAAAGCUGGGGACGUCUAUUUCAACACUGGAGACCUACUGCUCCAUGAUCACAGGGACUUUCUGUACUUCCAUGACCGCAUCGGAGACACCUUCAGGUGGAAAGGAGAGAACGUGUCCACCACCGAGGUGGCGGAGGUUUUAGGUCUUGUUGAUUUUAUCAAGGAGGCCAAUGUCUAUGGAGUCACUGUACCAGGAUAUGAAGGCCGAGCAGGUAUGGCAGCUGUUGUCUUAAAACAUGAACACAAAUUUAAUGGAACAGAACUCUACAACAGUCUAGUCCGAGCACUUCCUGCAUAUGCCUGGCCAUGGUUUCUCAGAAUACAGACCUCUCUGGAUGUGACUGAGACGUUCAAACAGCAGAAGACAAAGCUGGUCCAGGACGGCUUUAAUCCUGAUGUCACCAAGGACCCUCUGUAUUUCUUAGAUGUCUCUCAGAAGGACUACAUUCUCCUGACUGCAUCUACACAUCAAGAUAUUGUGUCAGGAAAGAUCAUUUUAUAGAUAUUUUAAGAGCAUUUACUUUAAGAGUACUGAUCAACUAUGUUAUGGACACAUUUCCAUUGGUCUGUACUGUAAACUUUAUUUUUUAGAGUUUUAAAAUAAGAGUUAACAGAUGGAAUUGUUCAGUAUUUCAAGGGGAAAU